CACAGUGACAGCUGCCAUAUGUUGGUAAUGGAAUCGCUUCUCGCUUUGCCGACUGGGAAUUGUGAGGUGACCUAAUCUUAAAAUAGAAAUAAUACAGGCUAAAGUUGAUACUAUAUAUCACGUUUACCUGUAACUAUAACAAUAAGCGACCAUUUGAAACAUACCAACGUUCACCGAACAAACGCAAUAUGGAUAUAUACGCAAUAUCGAACAAAUUGCAAGAAAUGUUUAGAGAUUUCAAAAAGUUAUUAACGUGGACUUAUCUAAAGGGUCUGAUUAUAAAUCCAGCUCAGCUACGGUUUGUUGCGUUUCUAAUACUCGUCUCAGAGUUGGUGCUUAAUAUAUUUAUAGUGGAACGAGUACCAUACACCGAAAUAGACUGGAAGGCUUACAUGCAAGAAUGUGAAGGAUUCCUGAAUGGCAGCCUCGAUUACAGCAAGCUGCGCGGAGACACCGGGCCACUAGUAUACCCUGCAGGAUUCGUUUACAUAUAUUCUCUUUUAUAUUAUCUAACAAAUCAUGGAGAGAAUAUCAGACUUGCUCAGUAUAUAUUCAUAGGUAUUUAUUUGGUAGAAUUAUUUUGUAUACUUCGAAUUUAUGUUAAAACGAGAAAAGUUCCACCAUAUGUUCUUGUUAUUACAAUUUUAACAUCUUACAGAAUACAUUCAAUACAUGUACUCAGGUUGUUCAAUGAUCCCAUAGCUGUCCUGUUCUUGUAUAUUGCUUUAAAUCUGUUUAUUGAUUCAAAAUGGUACUUAGCCAGUAUAUUCUAUAGUUUAGGUGUUUCAGUGAAGAUGAAUAUUCUCCUUUACGCUCCUGCUUUGUUGUAUUUCUAUUUAAUUAAUUUAGGUGUGAAGAAUACUAUCAAACAAUUAUUUGUUUGUGGUCUGGUACAACUAGUAUUAGGUUUACCAUUCUUACUUGGCAAUCCUGUGGCAUAUUUAAAAGGAAGCUUUGAUGUGGGUCGUGUAUUUAACCACACUUGGACAGUCAACUAUAGAUUCCUUGAUGUGCCAACUUUUGAAAGCAGAUGUUUCCAUUUGACAUUGUUGGGUAUACACAUUACCUUACUUUACAUAUUCCUCCCUAUGUGUGUAAGAUAUUUUAGGAGUUACUGUGCCCUUAAAUAUCUACAAAAUCAUGUACAACCCCAGAUAGAUGCCAAAAAUCUUGAAAACAAGAGACUAAGAUUAAAAGGAAAAGGCAAGGAAUCAAAAAAGAAACUUGGAAAGAAAGAAGAACCUGAAAAGCUAACCAAAGAUCAAGAAGACUUCAUAAAAUCAUUUGAAGAAGCGCUUCAGAAGUCUAACAAGGGUGGGAAAAAAGUUUCAAAGACAGAGUUGGAAGAAGAUAUAAGGAAUACCCACUACAGCAUUGAUUUUGAUAUUUUAUCACAACUGUUUAUACUACCUAUGUUUGUAGUGAACUUUAUAGGGGUUGUUUGUUCCCGAAGCCUUCAUUACCAAUUUUAUGCUUGGUAUUUCCACAGCUUGCCAUACCUAUUGUGGUCCUGCAAUUAUUCAAAUAUAGUCAGGUUUUUAAUUCUAGCUCUUAUUGAACUUUCAUGGAAUACUUACCCAAGUACAAAUUUUUCAAGUGUAUUACUUCAUGUUUGUCAUGUUGCUGUUCUUUAUGGAGUGUAUAAAAAGAUAACAUUAGAGCUGAAAACAGCAUCCAAAGUACAGUAAUAUUAAGAUAUAUUUGUUAUUGUUGUUUUUAGAUUUAUGUUUUAGUGUGCAUAUUGUUUUUUGUAAAUAUGAGUAUGUGUUAAAUAUUUUUAAUUAAAUGUGAUGUAAUUAAUAAAAAA